AUGGCCCAAGAUAAUCCCCACCGCAAGAAGCGUUUCACAUUUUUUAGCAAAACUCAUCCAGAAGCCCAUCAGUCCUCUGAUAUUCCACCGCCACCUAGUCAAUCCCACAGAGGAAGUUUCGCCUCACUUCGCAGCAAGGCCAAAGAUCUUUUCCCUCGACCUGCUAGACGCCCUAACUCCUCCCAGCUCGUUUCUCCCUCGGAAGAUGUAAGACAGGAUUCUGCGCAGCUCAUGGUAUCAGAAGAGGUAGUCGACGAGCUUCCGAACACAAGCUCUAACCAUCCUAGUACAUCACUCGAAGACCCCCCGUACGAUGACAGUCAUAGCGAUCCUACCUCAGAUCAACAUGCUCGACAACAGUCCGACAAGCUUCCCUCAACAGACCAGUCGACACACAAAGGUCAGAUGGCCCAUGGUGCCGAAUCAAAUGACUCUGCAACCACUGACAAACCCGAUUUGAACAAGGCAAAUGAAGCCCGCAAGAUGCGAAAGAGGCCGUUUCUGAGGUAUGGAAUUUCAUCAGGCAGCGACGACGUCAAUUACCUUGCAGUGCAGAUUCAUCCAUACGCCAAGGCAGCAUGGGGUGUCCUGUCGGUUGUGUCCAAGACAAUAACGUCGCAAGCUACUCGCGACGACUCGAUCAGCCAACUCCUCUCAAAGAUGGAUGAGGUGUACACGUUUCUUCACAGAGAAUGA